UGCUCUUUCAAAAUUCUCAUUUUAAUUCUAAUUCGGCUAGUUCUAUGCAUAUGUAAAGUGCAUGUAGAAAUAUUACGCAUAUUUCACAAUGCUCCGAUCCGGAUAUCACGAUCCCAUAAGACCCAGAUCCAUAAGAACACACUGAUCGAGACAGAUAUAUUCUUCUGGAAUCAGGAUAUCCCUAUCGGAGCACUAAAUUAUUUCAACCCAUGCAUACAAAUGUACAAGGUAGUCUUAGAUUGCAAGUAAAAUUUACUCAUAAAUUUUGAGCUGCAUUUUCAGUCCUAUUCGGGUUGUUUAAUUAGUUGGAAAAACUUUGUGCAUUAAGUCGUGUGCUUCGAGGAACUGAGGAGGAUAUAUAUGCAUGCAGAUGAAGAGAGUUGUAAGGAAAUAUAAAAUUUAGGAAAUAUAUCCCACUUAAAUUUUACAAACUUGUGCAAUGCAAACUAUUAUAAAGCUGGUAGAAUAAUUAGUCAACAUAUUUUAUUCUGACCCAAUUAAUUAGCUCAAAUUAAAAUUUCCUCAUUCUAACGAAACUGCAUAGAAGGAAGCAUAAAAUAAACACAAAGUUAUGACUUUUCAUAGCCACACGAAUGAUAGUAAUAAUUCCGUAAAUCGCAUGUAAACAAUGCACAUUAUUAUUAUUUAUUACUUUUAGAAUGUCAGGGUUCAGUUGCAUAAUGACUGCUGCUGCUGCUCCUGGCACCGAUUUCCGACAUGCCAACAUUUCUAACUUUUGACUGCACAUUUUCCACUCAUAAUUUUAACUAUGAGCAUUUUAACCACCAAUUUUGGAGCGUAGUUAAAUUUCGAUGGUGUGCUCACUAAAAAGUAACAAAGCGCAAUAUACAUAACGGGAACGAGACUCCCGUAUCAAUUUUUGCGUGCGACCGGAUAAAAGUUAAAAAACUGAAUCCGGUUGUUGGAGCAAUUCCUUAAUUUUUUGGAACAAGUUCAUCGAACUGCAUGUGAACGGAUGUGACACUGAAUAGCAAUCUUUGCUUUACAGAAUGUAUUCAUUCGUACAUAGCUCGUAUCACAUAGUGGAGCAUGUAUAGUUGGGCAAUAGAUUCGUGUAUUUCUUCUUGGGUCAACCUAAAGCAUUGUUUUUACGUAUUCAGUGCAACAAAAUUAGCACUACUGCUACCACUCGUAGGUAACGCCGGAUGCUUAUCAAGCAAUUAAUUUCUUAUCUCUGUGUCCUCCUCCGGUGUUUGAUGCAGUGUGGGCUGGGUAGUCGGUGGUGCUACCAGCCAUUUAAAAAUUAAAAGGAUACAAAUAAUCUUGUUAAGUCUGACAGACAGUGGAGUUCUGUCUCAAAAGUCAGAUUAAUUAGCCGUUAUUGUCACUAUUUUAUAUGGAGCACUUUAAUGCCUCGUAUAAUUAAAAGGUCUAUUUGAUUGUUAGUUUCAAUCGAGUUUAUAUUCCUUUUUUUCAUGCUUUUCUUCAUAUUAUUAUUGCCAUUAUUUUCAUUCACAACGAAAUGGAGGAUGUUGCAGUUGAAAUUAUCAGGUUUAUAGAUCCCAUUGUGAAUUGUAUGUAGUCCUUUCUGAUUUGUUUCUUUCUUUUAAAAAACCAUGUUUUUAUGCUGAGAUUAGCCGACAAGUACUUUUGAAAGUAGUCUAAAAGCUUAAAUGUGUAUUUAGAAUGCUUGAUCAACAACAAAUUUACCUAAAUAAUAAAGAAAUCAUUUUCACACCGUAUCAUUACAAGGAUACAUUUUGUUGUGCAUUCACAUCACAAUUUACUGCAUUGACUUCACCAAACUAAUAAUUGUGACCAUGAACCAAGUGUCUCACAAGGUUCACGUUGCCCCCGUAGGUUCAGACAAUCUCGGAGAUGACGAGGCUUCCGUGGAUGGAUCUUACACUCACCAGAAUGACAUCGGAAAUCAUAGCGACCAAGAUCGCUGCCAUUCUGAGGAGACGGACAGCAACAACGACAACGAAAUUGACAUGACUGAAGGGAAUUACAUGAAAGACGGCGACAGUACGGAGGAAGCUGCAACGAGCAAUGAAUCCAUUGCAGACUUUUUCAAGUUAUUGCCAUACUUGUACCUUAUACAAAAGAAUUACGGGGUAAACACCUCUCUCGUGCCUGGCUUUGAGCUUACAAAUUCCCAACUUUCAAACUCUGGAGAGUUUUCAGACUCUCCAAAUUUCAGAACUUUGUUGGAAUCGGACCACUUUAAACAUCUUCAGCAACUUCUACCUUAUGGGAAUUGCUACAAUGGUAAUAACAAUAACAAUGGCGAGAUUAAUUUUAACGGGAAUAAUGUUGGAAGUGAUGACGAACUUCAUUGCAACGACUCAUCGGAACACGAUGAGCCACUAGAUUUAACUCAAAAGACAAAAGAUUUUCCAAGAGCACUUAGAGACGAAAAAUCUAACCGUCCAACUCAAAGGGCAGAGAGAAGCUAUACAAUUCAAGACCUUGAAUUGGCACUUCAGGACAUUCAGAGUGGAAAGUUGGGAACUCGACGAGCCGCUGUAAUUUAUGGAAUACCACGUUCAACCCUGCGAAACAAGGUUUACAAGUUGGGGAAAGCGUCUCAACUCAAGUCCACCGUCUACAAUGGUGUUCAUGACAGAGAAAGGGAUGAUUUUGAGAUGCCGCAUGAUGACUGCAACCGCGAGUCACCUAAUGCUUUGGACAAUCAUGUCAUCACAAUGGACCAUGCCAGGUUUCUGAAAGAAAAUCCCUACUCGUUGAUUAGCCGAGGAGGAAGUGACACACUGGCUGUAAAUCAACAAGGAAGGAUCAAUGAUGGCCAUAAUAAUGAUGGUGGGGAGAGAAAUCAAUUGCUAUUCAUGGGCGGUGGAAGAAGCCAUAAUCAACGAGGACGACACGGUUCCCGUCCAUCGCUUUCUCUGCCCAAUUACCCACGUGCUCAGAGCUCUGGUGCAGCUUACGAAAAUUUCAGUGAUUCCUCCCUUGGCAAGAAAAGCAGACCCAAGAGGGGAAAGUACAGAAACUACGAUCGAGAGGCGUUGGCAAAAGCGGUUCAAGCUGUUCAAAAUGGAGAAAUGAGUGUCCACAGAGCAGGCAGUUACUUUGGCGUUCCACACUCGACCCUGGAAUACAAAGUAAAAGAACGUCACCUCCUCCGUCAGGCGAAGUUCAAAGGAAAAUCGACAGCAGCAGCAAAUAAGCCCGUCGUCAUCUUCAAUGGGGGCGAACAACAAUCUGCCAGUCUCAGCCUGGCUCCCUUAUCUCCCUCUGCCAUGGUGGAUUCAAAUGAUUCUUCAAAUUUUCCAAAGACUUUGCCCGACAUGGGAAAAGGCAGCUUGAGUCAUUUCGUGAGACACGGCUUGUUGAAUGGCGAGACCAGAUGGAGAUCUCCGCUCCUCGGAUUAGGACUCACAAAUGCUGGCGAAGACUCGUCCAAAAAAGAAAUCAAUGCUCCAUUACCAAAGAUUUAUGAUCCGAAUGAAAGUUUGGAGAAUAAUCCUUCUGAUCUUUUGGAUUUAACAAGUAAGUAGUCGUCGUCGUUGUCGUCGUCGUUGUGGCAGUCGACAACGAUGAAGAGGAGGAAGGCCUGAAACGACGACUUGAAAAAGAACCAAGACUUUUUUUUACUUAAGGCUCAUACAUAUUGUACUCAGACUGGUCAAGUGAUGAUAUUAUUUUACUCUGCUUUUAUUCAACUACCACCCACCAAAAGAUCGAGCUCUUAGUUCGUCCUGAUGCUAUGGGUGGUACUUGAGAAAGUGAGUGGAGAUGGAGGGAAGAAAGCGAAUGUAUUGUGCCCAAACGACACGCCAGCAAAUGGUUUUAUUAUCGAACACACCCUCUUUUUUGGGAGAGAAAGAGUUGUAGAAUCAUUCGUUACUUACAACUGCUUUGUAUCUACUGCCAUGUAAAAACUAAUUCUUAAGUCAAAAAGUUGUAAAUGUUGGUUGGAAUGAGAUUCAAUCUACUGCAGGAUAAAAAAGUUUGUGAAUUUGGAAAGAGAGCAAAUGUAGUUUUCAUUCUCGAUUCAGCGAGAUUAUUAUUAUUAUGUGAACUGGAAUUGUGGUCUUUUUAUGCUCAUAAAUCACAAUAAAUAAAUGCGAAUCAAAAACUUUGGACGAG